UGAAUACUUGGAGAAGUUGACUAUUUGGAGGCACAAACUAAACAACAGCGUACUACUCCACAAACCUCUGGAAGCGCGUGAUUGAUCGUCUGCUGGAAUGGCUCCAUUACUGAGCUGGUCAUGUAGACCGCUGCUUCUACUGCCUCUUAUUGGAAUAUGUUUCACAAAAUUCGCAAGAGCAGAUGGAGUGAGGUCUGAACUCCACAUAUUCCAUCAGUCAUGUGCCCUGAAGAAAGACGAAGGGCCAUGCAAGGCAAUAAAGGAUAGGUUCUACUUUGACACUGAAGCAGGUCGCUGUGAACCCUUUGAAUAUGGAGGCUGCCAAGGCAAUGAGAACAAUUUUGAGACCCUGCAGGAGUGUGAGGAAAUGUGUCUUGUAAAAGCGGAAAAGAGUCCAUGCCAUCUGGAGGAUGAGCCGGGGCCGUGUCGAGGAAUGGUGCCUCGUUAUUAUUUUGAUUACAAGAGCCAGGAAUGCAAGCGAUUCUUUUAUGGAGGCUGCUUUGGGAAUGGCAACAACUUCAGGACUAUAAAAGAAUGCCAUGAGAGAUGUCUACCUGCCUUAAACCACAUGAAAAAAAAUGUUCCAUUAAAGCCAGAGAAAGAAGAAGCCAAACCCAAAACAGAACCCGAUAUCAAACAUGUUGAAGCUCCAUUGAAUGCAUCACAUAUGCCACUGCAGAAAAUGUCCCAACCAUCUGCAGAGGAAGCAGCUGCCUCAAACAACACGGAACAAAAUGCUCCAAUAAAACCAGAGGAAGAAGCCAAACCCAAGACAGAACCUCUCACCAAACAUGAGUUCAAUCUCCCAGAAUUAUGCUUGAGUCCAAUUGAUAGGGGCGAUUGUGAUGGCUCUAUAAGGAGAUACGUUUACAACACCAGGACUGAGAGAUGCCAGGUGUUUCGUUACAGUGGCUGCGGAGGCAACAAAAACAACUUUAUGCACAAGAGACACUGCAUGAAAAUGUGCAUGAAAGGUCACAGUCGGAUGAAGCAAAUACGGAUAAAGACGAAGAACACAAAUAUCUUGUUCCGAUCUGUCUAGGAGGACAUAGACAGUAUUAUUGAUGAUACCAAAUCCUAAACCACUCUUUAGAGAGGAGAAAAGAGAAAAUUAGAAACAGCAGCAUAUAGUACCUCUCUGACCCACAAACUGUUCUUAUGUAUAUAAUUAUCACAGUUUAUGGAUUUUAAUCUGGGCUUCAUAUAUAAAGUAUUUUUAAUGUAAAACAUAAUCUUACACUUUAUAUUGUUUUAUGGGGACGAAAUGACAAGUAUAUUUACUAAAUACUCAUUAUAUUUCAUAAAAAAAUUAUUCUAAUUCUUAAUCUUUCAUGUUCAUGUUAAAUCUUUUAAUAUGUUUACACUCUAACAUGUUUUUUAUGCCCUCGCACUGUGACCUUGACUCUUACCAUUGUUUGUAUGUAAUGACUAGAGGCAAAUAAUGUUGUUGUUUUUUUUUAAAUCCAGGACACAGUGAUUGAAAGUUGAGUUUAACAUAGAUUUUAUAUAUAUAUAUAUAUAUAUAUAUAUAUAUAUAUAUAUAUAUAUACUGUAUAAAAUGUGACCAACAGAUCAUCACUUAGAGAACCACUUACCCUUAUGUAACUACAUAAUUUACUAACAUCUUAAAUUACCAAUAGAGUACACCAGCGAUUCUGUUGUGAAAGGUAUUGUAGGACUUGAUGUUUUGAAAAAAGAAAGUGCAUAAAACUGCUUACAACACAAGAUGGAGCUGUUACUCUUAAAAGACAUUUUGAAAUCCACUUCUGGUGGCUAAAAUGAUUUAUAUGCACUCUUAUUAAACAAUUGUAUUUAAAUAAACUUUCUAUGGUUUCA